CUGCUGUGUGAUACCACCCGCAUGAUAAAUUACUUCCGGGUCAAAAAGCUAUUUGCUUUCGUAGUUGUUUUCCUUUUAAACCUGUUAAAAACGCGGCUUUUAUUACAGAUAUAGACGCACGACAGUCAAUGUAUUUUACUUUCGUACAAUUUCCGUGAAACUGUGUGUUUAUGAUACAAAAUCAUAUCGUCACAAGGAUCCGGAGAGACGGCGGUUCGAAAAUCUACUCCAAAAUGGCCGACAGAAGUGACGUGCAAAGUCAAACGGGGCUGCAGCGAUUAAACUCAGAGGACAGGAAAACCUGCUGGGUGUGUUUUGCGACAGAAGAAGAUGACCGGGCGGCCACAUGGACACAGCCGUGCCGCUGUAAGGGCACCACGCGGUGGGUGCAUCGCUCCUGUCUGCAGAGGUGGAUCGACGAGAAACAGCGGGGACGCAGCAACACCGUCGUGUCUUGUCCACAGUGUAACACCGAGUACAGAAUCGUAUUCCCCAAAUUGGGGCCUCUGAUGUACCUCAUCGAUGUAGCUGACCGUAUCGUGUACAAGGUCGUACCGUACGCUGCUGCAGGCAUCGUCGUCGGGUCCAUCUACUGGUCGGCCGUGUCGUACGGAGCCUUCACUGUCAUGCAGGUGCUGGGGCACAAGGAGGGGCUGGACAUCAUCGAGAGUGUGGACCCCAUUUUUCUACUGGUCACCUUACCAACAAUACCCAUCAUGCUCAUUUUAGCUAAGAUGAUCCAUUGGGAGGACUAUGUGUUAAGAGUGUGGCGUCGGCACUCCUCAAAGAUUCCCCUGCUCAACUACCUGUUCCCAUCCAGACAGGAGAAUAGACAGGUCCCACGAGCCCCAGCCGAGCCAGCUCCCCUGUCAGACCCUGUCUCUGCCACCAGGCUCCUCUGUAGCGCCCUGCUGUUCCCCUCCAUCGCCACACUCUGGGGCAAGCUGAUGUUCAGUACUGUGGACUCCAACCUGCAGAGAACCAUCUUGGGUGGGAUCGCGUUUGUGGUGAUAAAAGGAGUUCUGCGGAUCUACUACAAACAGCAGCAGUACCUGCGCCAGGCACAGAGGAAGAUUCAAGACUUUAUUCCAGAGAAGGAGACAACACCUUCCCAGCAGGCUUAGUAAAUCAUGCCUCAUAUUCCUACAAAAAAAAUAAACUGACAAAGAAACGGAUACAUCUCAGAGCCAAAUAAUGCUACAAAGAGGAGCAGACACUCGGUCAUGUAGCAAAUUUUUUUUCUCGCAACAGAUAUAAUUAUUUACAUGUUAUUCUUCAUCUUGUUUAAUUUAUGAUCUUACAUGGCAUUUGACUGUA